UGAGAUCGAUCAGAUUGUCUUUGGUGCGUAACUGACGUAUUGCUUGCGUGUUCGCGUUUCCAGGAGCGUGUCGCGUAGGCUUUUGUCGGGUUUUCAUUAAGUGUUCCCAAUGAUCUGCUCUGUUCCAUUGAUUUGAAUGGUGUUUUGCCAGCCUAAGUUGGUGUACUGAGCUUUUGAGAAUUAUUAUAGAAUGAAAUCCUCUCUCUUAUAAUAACUUUUCGACAAAGUGUUUGUAAUGGGGAAGCAGAACAGCAAGCUCAAGCCAGAGGUUCUUGAAGACCUGCGUCAGAAUACAGAAUUUACAGAUGCUGAAAUUCAAGAGUGGUAUAAAGGAUUUCUGAAAGACUGCCCAAGUGGUCACCUUUCAAUUGAAGAGUUUAAAAAAAUAUAUGGAAACUUUUUCCCAUAUGGUGAUGCAUCUAAGUUUGCAGAACAUGUGUUCCGCACCUUUGAUGCAAAUGGUGAUGGAACUAUUGAUUUUAGGGAAUUCCUGUGUGCUUUAAGUGUCACAUCUCGAGGCAAACUAGAGCAAAAACUGAAAUGGGCAUUCAGCAUGUAUGACCUAGAUGGUAAUGGAUAUAUAUCUCGUCAAGAAAUGUUAGAAAUUGUCACAGCCAUAUACAAAAUGGUUGGUUCUGUCAUGAAAAUGCCAGAAGAUGAAUCAACCCCUGAAAAGAGAACAGAUAAAAUUUUCAGGCAAAUGGACAAAAAUAUGGAUGGAAAACUUUCACUUGAUGAAUUUAUUGAAGGUGCCAAGAGUGAUCCAUCUAUCGUCAGGUUAUUGCAGUGUGAUCCCCAGUCUUCACAUUGACCUUCACAUGUUUCUGCAUCCCAUAAUUCUUUGCAGCCUGGCUGAGCUCACUUCAGGAAGUGCCCUCUGAUAAAGUCUUGUUAUGCAUUGCUGCUGGUAGAAUGCAGUUCAGAUUUGCUUUUGCAGAUCAAUACCAGUAUUUCUAAGACUGGAGGAAUCUGUCCGCCACAAUUUUGGAAUUAUGGGAUGAAAGCCUUCAUUUUCUUGGUAAACCCUUUUGUUAAAUUUUACUGUGCUUUAAUUUCAAGCAAAUAAUGCUUUCUAUUCCAUUAAGUCAAAAGCUGUUUGAAUUAUGUAAUUAAUACCAAGAAAAUUGCACUUUGUGAUGUUUUAUGUAAUAAGGAUGUUUUGUAUAUCACAGUGUUUUAUAUAGUGUUUGUUUUCACAAUUGCAAGUGUUUAAACUUUUCUGCUCCUUUGCACAACGUUGUUAGCAGCCACAAGUGCAGCUUGUGUUUUGUGUACAAAUUUGAGCUUCUGAAUGUAUUCUGCAUUUUUAGAACUGAGUUUUUCAACAUAAAGCUGAUUUUUUUAUGUAAAAUAUGAACUGUAAUUUACAGAAUGUGUACUUUUUCAACGAAGCAAUAAAAACUCUUUUCCAUUUAUUCAAAUUGUGUGAUUCUACUGUGGUAUUUAAGCACUUAAGUCAUAUACAGCAUUUUAAAUAUCUAGCUGCAUGGUGUUAACACAUAAAUAAAUUUAUAUAUUAUAGUUUCUAUGACAAAUAAAAGUGUAUAGCUUUUUAGAUGCUAGCUCAGAAUGUAUAUGAAAGAUUUUAUACAAUUUAAUUAAUGAGGCAAGUGUGGUUUUUAUAAAAAUAUUUCAUCAUUUUUAAAAUUGCUAUUUCAAAUUCAGGACUUUUUUUUUUUUUUUCAGUAUGGUCAGUGAUGUAAUAUUACUGCAGUUCAACUCUAUAUUAUAUGAGAUGGGAAAAUUAAAAUUGAGUUAUUAAGUCUUAUAUUGAGAAGUUUGUACAUUGGGAUAAGUGCAGUGCUAGCUGGCUCAUUUUUAAAGAAAUGCUGUAGCUCAUCUGAUUAAAAGGUGAACUUUUGUAUUUAAAAAACAUUCUGUAAAUUAUGGUUUGAACACUUUAAAAAAAAUUAUCUUGCAUUUGUUCAAUAGCAUUCUAAUUAUUUGCCAAAAUCUUUUUGUGUAAUUUCCUUAUUCUGUUUAGAAUCUUCGUAGGUUGUAUCUUGAAGACAUUUGUAAUUUUUUUAAUAUAGAAAUUUGACUCAGCAUUUUAAAUGUUUAUAAUUUUUUCAUAUUUUUAAAAAAUUUAGUGUUGUUUAUCGCAUAGAGGUGAAAUAAGAAAACCGAAGGAAGGGAAGCAAUAUAACAUUUCAGAUUACAUAAUUAGUUAAUUUAUGUCUUAGAACAACAGAUGGCAACUUUUUGAUAGCAUAAUGUGACAAGUCUAACUUCUAACCCCCUCUCCCCCAAAAAAUCACAGCAGUUAGUUCUAGUCAAAAUACUGUCUUUGUAUUUUGCAGUUAAUACUGUAUUCAGCUUGUGUUCAUGUGAUUUCUAUGUUAUGUGACAUAAUAUUUGAUGGCAGUACAUGUUUAUUGACCUCCCCUUCCCUUUGAAAUCAAGUAAAUACCUAACUCUAUAGUUUGGAGAAUAUUUAGUACAUACUGUUAUAAAUUAUUAUUAUGUUUUUCUUUUCGCCUACACAAUCUUUAGUCUUCAUAUCUGGAUUAAUUUAAGGAGUUAAUGUGCACCAUGAAAUAUUAAAUUAAUUAAAAGGAAUGCUUCUUACAUGCUUGUAAGAAUAGUUAAGGAGUAGAAAGAUAGUAGUAAUUCUAUUUCUUAUUUUAAUUUUUAAAUGUAUAUAAAGUUUUAUGAGUUUCAUACGAAUUCUGCUGUCAAUAAACUAUUUUUUACAUAGGUUUUCAUUGAAGAGGGUUGUGAUAAAAGUAAAAUAGUGAUAUUUUAAUUAGCAUAUUAUUCACAUUGUGUUCCUUUCAAAAAUUACAAAUGUCUUUAUCUUAAACAAUAUGUUACAACUGCCUGUUUAUGUAUAUUCAGCAAAUUCUGUUAUUUUUAUCAUUUGGUGCAAAUAUUAAACUGCCUUUAUUGUAUUGCAUUUUCUAACUAAUACUAUAAAUUUGAUUGCUGCUAGAAUUCUAUUAUUAUAAUUAUUAUUUUGAUCAGUUAGUCACAGAGUUUAGAGUUUGAAUAAUUGAUUGGAUUUUCAAGGUAGUGCCUAAGAAAAGGUAGAUUUUGUUAAUUCUUUGUACUGUAGAACUCAACCAUUCCAGAGAUUUAAAUGAAACUUCAUAAUUUUUACUUCAGUAGAUUGUAAUUGAUUAUGAUUGUUAUGAACUCAAUUCAUAUAUUAUUAAUGCAUCAGCAAGUAUGGCUUGUAGAGUAGAAUUUUUUUACGUCCUACAGGAGCAAUAUAAAGAAUGGAAAAUUUGUGAAUAGAUAAGUUGAACAAAAAUGUGAUAUAUUAGAGAAACGAACUUUAAUUUAUAUUCUCCCCUUAAGUUUCUGUAAUUUUUAGUAAUUUAAAAUCUAACAUUAUUAACCUCCAUCAUAUAAGCAAAAAUACUAAAUCUAAAUUUUGAUUUUUUUUUUUUUUUUUAAAUCUCAAUAAAAUUGCAAAGCGUAGAAGAAAUUUCUGAAAAAAUUGUAAGAUAACAAAAGUUAAAAUUGAAUAUGAUUUUAUUAUUCUGAGAUUGUAUUUACACUUAAAGGACAGUGUAAUUCAAAUACUGCCUUAUGAAAUUUUUACAAUAAUAAAAAUGUGAUACUACUACAUGUCACAUGCUAUUACAACUCUGUCGCUGUGAUUUAAUGUUUAUUCUACUGUGUCUUUUAAAAAGUUUAUGAAAGUAAAUUAUUUAACUAUUAUGACCCACAAUAUAGUUUAUUAUGGCCUGUAGCAUUGCAGUGUUUCAAACUGAGAUGCAUUUAGCAUAGCAACCAAUUUAUGAGCAUAAAAUUCAGAAGAUUUUUGAAAAAAAAAAAUCAGAAAAGAGUGCCUAAAGUAAAUUUUAAAGAAAAUUUACAAGUAUGUAUGAAUGUUUUGAAACAAUAAAGAGAAUAAACACUUAUAAAAUAUGAAAAGUUACACAAAUUAAAUUUAUUUCAGCAUAUAAUUUUUUGUGGAUUUCCUAAAUAAUAAUCUGGAAAUUUCACUUUAUAACAUUUAUCAAAUUAUUUAAAUAUCAUAAUAAAGAUAUCUGAAAUUUGCCACAAAGAAGACAUUUUAAAAAAUGAGAAAAAUAUUAAUUUUUAUUUUAAGUUAAUUUCCUUCAAAAUAGCAUUAUUUUAAUAAUAUAAUUAUAUUCAUUUAAAUAUUGUUAUGAAAUUCAAAAUCACAUAAUCAAAAUAAAAUACAGAGAAGCAAAUCAUCACAAUUCUUUGCAUCUCUACAGAAAAUUGCAAAAUCUGUUAAAAAUUUAUUUUGCAUAUAAAAUCAUAAAGAACUCUUUUCUUAAGAGAUUAGGAAAAAUACAUAAAAGUUGGCAGAUUUUCUUAUUAGUUUCUUUCAAAAAGGUUGAAUUCAUUUAUUUGAAUUAUGGCAAAACAAAUGAAAGAAGAAUGCCUUUAUGAAGCACUUUUUUAAGAAACUGGCUCAUAUAAAUGUUGCACAUGGGAAAAGCACCAUCCUAUUUGCCAUAUACUUGAACAUAGGCUAAACUACCAUUAUUCAGCAGUUUUACUGUUUGGUCUCUUGUGGGCCAGUCCAAAAAUAACCUUUGAUUAAAAUUUGAGUAUUGUUUUAUUUAUAUGGAAUUAAUUGUUGUCUAUUCAGUUACCUAUAAAAAUAUAUGUCUAGACCUAAUUCAGCAAUAAAAGAAAAGGUGAAAAUAGCAAACAAAUAAUUUCAGUUUUGGCUUGGCUUGGUUUAUUUAAUUAUGGCAAAGCACUCCAGGACAAUCUGCCUAAGGGGAGUAAUGCCUUCAUCAUGGACUUUCUAAGGGAAACUGGCUGCAAAAACCAAGGAAACACCCAUGCAGCCAGCCCGUUUGCCGGAAUUCGAACCUCAGACAAACUACCUGUGUUUGGCAAUUUUAUCGCUCGGUCACUGGUGGGCCAAAGAAUUUUAGCAUUAACUGUUGAUGAUGAAGUGAAAUUAAGGUAUUCUGCAUUUUUAUCAUACAUUCCUAGUGACAUAAAAUUACUUGGAAAAAUAUUUGAAAUAAUCAAAACUGGCAGUAUCAGUGUGUGAAUUAAGAAAAUACAGCUUUUAGAAUUUUUCUGAUUAAUGCAGAAAAUUGCAGUCUGUACUCUGAAAUUUUAUUUUCAUUAUGGCACUCUAAGUGUGUAAAAUGGUAGUUUUUUAAUUCAUAUGUCUUGUGGAAAACAUAAUGCCCUACCUCUAGUAAUUAUAAUUGCUAAAAAUAGGCAUCAUAUUUUUUAAUAAUUAUUAGGAUUAUAAUAAUUUUAAAUGCAUAAUCAAGCAAAAAAUUCAUUUGAAGCUCUUAAACAGUAACAUUCCAUGAUCAAUAUUUUCAUGAUAUCGAAAAGUUUAAUAUGCAAAAGUGACAUUGCAAAUUAAACUGAAAGACAAUCUAUGCCCGAGCACCAGUAUCCCAUUUGCAAUUCGAUGUUAUUAAUAAAAAAAAAUGUUUUUAAUUCUUGCUUGUUUAUGUUAAUUACCUGUGUUUUAAUUUUUUACUAUUUGUUGUAUCGUGUUAUUAAUAUUUUUUAAUUCUUGUAGAAUAUGUCAUCAAAAUUCAUUGCCAUUUAUUGUUUACUUAAGUAUUGUUAUUUUAUUUUUCUAUUAUUAGUUGAAGUUAAGAAUUCUGAACUUAUUGUGAUUGUUAUUGGGUGUACUUGAGCUAGCUCUUUUGAGCUUAUCCUUAAUACUAAUUAGAUGCUCCAAGUGAUUACUAUUAAUUAGUUUAUACCAUGUAGCUUAUCUUAAUGUAGUUUGGUAUGAUGAGAAUUUGCCAGCUGGCUAACAUUGAUUCUUAAACCCUACAAAUAGAUAUUGAUACUUAAGGUAAUAAAUUUGACAGUUUUUUAUGUAGAUAGUGAAUAUAAAUUUCAAAAAUAAUAUGAAUAAAAUUUAACAGCAUUAUGAUGAUAGAAAAUAAUAUCUGCAAUAGUGUAUAUCAAGUUUAUUGAUAUUUAAAUACUUUUUAUCUAAAUCAAAGACAGUGAAUUUUUUAAAAAAGAAGCCAAAUGAUUGGCAUACAAGAUUUUGUUCUGAUAUCAGGCUUAUGCAUACUUAUAAAUGACCUUUUGUUCUGCAUAUGAGAAUCAUUUAAAAAUGCAAUCAACAAUUUUUAGAAAAGUGUUAGCCAGUCUAUGGGCUUAUAUCUUCAAUAUGCCCAUUCUGAAUCAGUAAUCUUAAGGAGUUAUUAUGCUGAAAAUACACAUCAUCAUUUAGUAAUUUGCAUAUGAAUAUUAAAUGAAGACAAUUUCAACAUGAGAUUUUUAUAUCUUGUAUUUUAAUAGAUAUUUAUGGUGGUGUAACUUUAAUUAGAAGCAAUAUUUACAAGUAAUGGAGCCCCUGAAUAAGUUAAAAUAAAAAGGGGUAGUUGAGCAUAAGAUUCAUUUUUAAGAAAUUAUUCUGUAUCAGUAGGAACUAUAUCUUAUACUAAGAAUAAUUAGGUUGUCAUAUUUGGUGAUAAAUGUUAUGCAGUUUAUAAGAAUAAUUCAUAAAUUAUGUAAAGAACUGUUGAAAAACAGUCUUUUUGAGUCUACAUAUGUGUAUUUCAGUGCCUGUUCAAAAUAAGAAUUGAAAUGAUAUUUAAGUACUAUGCAAUUAGAUUUAUACAUCAUGUAAGAAUCAAGACGGUUCUUGCUCCUUUAUUUGUAUUAGUUUUCAUUUGGGGAAUAAGUAAAAUAUUUCUUUUCUGAAUAAUUAUGAAUUGUCAGAUUUUACUACAAGUAAUAAUAGCUGAGAAAAGAUUUUUUUUUUUUUACUUGCUAGUAUUUAUGAUACUAUACUAUAUUGUGUAUUUUUAUAUUAGUUUCAUAUAAUUUUCCUUACAAUUUAUUUCCGUGCAUUCAUAUUUUUAUGUUUAUAAUGGAUGUUUUGCUUGCUGGUUGAGAUUAAAGCCCAUAAUUUAUACUACCUGUAAAAUCUUUGUAAUUCCUCUUUUAAAAUGGAAUUGUGUUUUCAGAAAUCUGAUUUAUUUUUUAAAUUAUAUUUUACAGAUAAAUUAUUUGCAGAUAUUUACAUAUACAGUAAUACUGAAAUUAUUUCACUUGAUAAGUUUACAUCUGAAAACUGUUUUCAACUCUAAAGUAAUUAUUAAUUCGUUCAAGUUUUCUUCAGUAUUGUUAAAGUAUUGCACGAUAAGCACAAAUAUAUUUUUUGUGAAGUGGCUUGUAAUUGUGAUGAAUAUAUUAUUCUUUGUAAUGGAUAAAAUGUAUUUGAGGAACUUUAAUGUAUCUUGUUUCCCACUUAUUCCACUUUAUAAGAAACAUUUUAUAUAAUUUGUUUUGUUCUUUUUUUCACUUUAAUCAUAUUUUUGAUUGUGAGCGCAUUACAUAUAUCUGUAAUUACUCUAUAUAUUUCUGUUCAUUCAUCAUAAACAAUAAAAAUGUUCCUUUAUUU